GCAACAAAAUAAAAAGCAAAUGGAUACCUUAAAAUAUUCUUCAAAUGAAGCUGAAGAUGGUGAUGUACAUUCAGGAGUAAUACUAAGGCUAGAAAGACAGCAGUAAUAUAUGAGAACAAGGUCUGAUCAAUCUUCUCUAAAUGCCAAAAUACCUAGAAAAAUUCUGACUUGGUUGUCAGUGUCUGAAAAAUUAGGUCUUUAGAAAAAACAAAACAGCAAUAACAACAACAAAACAGUAGGGGCAAAUGACAUAUACAUACUAGGAGUAGAAAAACUGCAUGUGUGACUUUGGGCAGCAUAUGAAAGUUUUUCAAACAGGACAUACUUGGACAGGGCUUCUUACCAGAUUGCAGACUUCAGCUCUUCUGAUACGGACUUUAGCAUCAUCGCAUUCUUUUUCUCAAAACAUUCCAAGCUCUUUGUGGAAACUGGGCCGACUUAAUCACGUAGCAAUUGCAGUGCCUGAUUUGGAGAAAGCUCAGUCCUUGUACAAAGAUGUGUUAGGAGCACAGGUGAGCGAGACUGUUGCUCUGCCUGAACAUGGUGUCUACACUGUUUUUGUGGAGCUGGGAAAUACAAAGCUGGAACUUCUACACCCUUUAGGAGAGAAAAGUCCCAUUACAAGUUUUCUGCAAAAGAACAAGACUGGAGGAAUGCAUCAUAUCUGCAUUGAGGUUGAUGACAUAAAAGCAGCUAUGGCAGAACUGAAGAAAAAAAAGAUUCGAAUACUGAGUGAAGAGCCAAAAAUAGGUGCACAUGGCAAACCCGUGAUUUUUCUUCACCCUAAAGAUUGCCAUGGAGUCCUUGUGGAACUUGAACAAGCCUGAGCUGUAAUAUUCACAUAGAAGACAAUAAAUAAGUUGUGAAUUUACUGAGCUGGUGCUGGGAAUAUUGAUGUACUAUUCAACCUUUACAGGUUCAUUGCAGUUCCUGUGGAUUAAGUACAGCUUUUGAGCACUGAAAUACUGCUGAAGAUUUUUUUUUGUUGUUGAUCUGAUUUUCAGAAUUAAUGUGUUGACAUUUCUUGAAUUCUCUGUGAUUCUAAAGAUGAAUGCAUGAGCUAAGUUGCAUAUGUAACAGUUAUUUUGUUCUAUUGCCUCAUGCUUGCAGCAUGGUUUUACCUCUGUAACCACAGAAACUGUACAGUUUCUAGGUCAUGCCACAUUAUUUUGUUCUACAUUUAAGAGCAGAGACCCACUUGUCAGUGACAAUAUAGCUUAGAUAUUCCCUUUAGAAUUAAAAGGAAAAGGAACAUUGUGCUUUCUGUUUUCACCAUUCACCACCUGUGCUUCACACUGAUUGACUGGUUCAUGAAAUAAACAAAUUUGUGUCUCAUUGUA